GGUUAUCAUGCACCGUGUUUGGUGGUCGGGGCCCCGCCUGCUGCGCGCGGGCAGCGCGCGGGGCUCCGGGACCGCGGGACCCUCCCCGCCGCCGCCCUGGCCCCGGGCCCCGCGGCCCCCGCCGCCCCCGCCGGCGCUGCAGUGGCUGCGGCCCUUCACCUCCAAGCCCGCCCCACCGGCAGCCGCACCCACGGACCCAAAUAAAAUGACAGCUCCCAGCCAUGGGGAUGAGCAGAAGCCUAGCAAAUCACAACAACUGAAAAAGAUUUUUAAAGAAUACGGAGCUGUGGGGGUCUCGUUCCACAUUGGAAUCUCAUUGAUGUCUCUGGGAAUAUUCUACCUUGUUGUUUCCAGUGGCGUGGACGUCCCAGCAAUUCUCAUCAAAAUUGGAUUUAAAGAAAGUUUCGUACAAUCCAAAGUAGCCGCCGGGACAAGCACAUUUGUGGUAGCCUAUGCCAUUCACAAACUGUUGGCUCCGAUGCGGAUUAGCAUCACCAUAGUUUCCGUCCCACUGAUUGUCAGAUACUUUCGGAAAGUGGGGUUUUUUAAGCCUCCUGCUCCAAAUCCAUGAUAAAAGCUUGAAACACAUACACCACGUAAACACUUGAGGCAUUUUUAAAAAACAAUAUUUAGGACUAGGUUAAUGGAUUUAUCUUUCUUUGCAUUUUUAGAAUAUGAGUUGGUCUUUACUGGCAAAUUUAUUACUCAGAGAUUCCCAGUGCGUACAUUUCAGUAUAUCAGCAAAACUUUAAAAACAAAAGAGUUGCUAUCUAAAAUCACUACCAUACAAAUGUUGUUUUGGAGGGAGCAUGGUAGGUCUAGCAUCCACAGGAAGAUAACCUGCCAUCCAGUUCACCAACAGCAAUGAUAACAGACCUGUUAAAACAAUUUACUCGAUUUAGGUUGUACUUUGGCCCACUGCCCCAGGCUUGACAUGGAAUUCUGUCUAUCUAAAAUAACUGCAUUUGCUACAAUUAAUAAAGUAAAACUUGCUGUUCUACAACCAAAGAUAUAAUCUAGCUCCAGUGUCAAACUUUGGAGGAAUGGGGGAUUGGUAGUUUUUCUGUGAUGUUUGCUCUAACUUCAUUCAAGUGUAUUUAUUGAGUGCUUACUGUGUGCAAAGCACUGUACUAAGCGCUUGGGAAAGUACAGUAUAGCAACAAAGAGUGACAGUCCCUGCCCACAAGUUCACAGUCUAGGGCAGGGGGGGAGUCAGACAUCAAAACAAAUAGACAUCAACUCCUAGCAGCUCUGCUCAAAAUGCCAUUUAAUAUCUUUUCUUAAAUUACAGAAGGCCCAAUAGAUGCAGCUUUUUGAGGGAGUUAUUGCAAUGUAGAGUCCUAUUGUUUUGAAAAAUUUAGAAAGAUUUUCCAGCUGGGUGAACAUUCCUGUAGGACUCUGCAAAUGGAAGUUGAAUAGAUUAAACUAAAAGAGGUAUGCUUAUAAACUGUUCCAGUAUAUGAUAUAUUGAUUGUAUAUUCAGUUAACAUUGAUGUUGACAAUGAGUAGAGCUAGCCAAGAUUUCUAAUAAGGAAUUCAUUCCAAUUUCUUAAUUAGUAACAGAGGCAAGCUCCCAAUUAGCAGGUGAAGACUUACUAUGCAGAAAUUAGGUCAGUGACUUGUGCCCACUGAAAUGGGCCCACAGCUGGCCCACUGAAAUGAAGCUAGUGCUAAAUUUGCAAUAUUUAUUUCUCUGGAAAUCUGCAAGGCUUUGGCUAGGUAUCAUUUGUUGCUGUCCUAAGCACUCUAAACUCCAGGGUGCUAGGGUAAACUGAAUCAUUCAGAUCUUGCGCAGAGUCCUUAUUAAGCAUUUGUCAAAUGAAAAUUCUUAGGCUAUAAAACUUUAUUGCUGAGUUUUUUUUUUCCUACUGCUGUAUUGGAUCAGUGACUGAAGUUUGGAAAUUCAUAAGCCUCUUGUCAGUGAUCUGUAUGCAUUAGCAACUGUGUUCUACAUGCAAAGGAGUUAGAAAUACAGUAACUGCUAUAGUUCGUAGUGGGCCUUACACUGCAAAUGCUUGACUAGUUGUUCCUGAGCAAUUUGUGACCAGCUAGUAUAUAAACCUUUUGUGGCCUUUAAAAAUGCACCUGAACAAAAUCUAUGUGUAGUUUCUUCCUGUUACGUACACCAUCUUAAGUCUAAUAACCAUUUUUUUCUAAACUGGGUUAAUGGUGUAGGUGAAUUUUGGAAGACCAUUUCUGUAAAGUUGCUUUUGCAGGAAAUGGGAAGGAGUCAAUAGGAAGGAAGAAACAUUCCUAAAUAUUUAAGCACGUAAAUAGCCAUAUUCUUUUCUUCUUACAAUGCUCCAGCAUCAGCUACUCCUUCAGCUAGGGAUACCAAGAUGAAUAACCACAUCUGAGGGGAGUGUAACAGUGGGGAAUAUUAUUUCACCAGCAAGGUAAAGAAACAGCUAAGUUUUGUAUUUUCAAGAUGACAAUUUAGCUUGACCUAUCUUACCUCCAGUUCCGUAUAUGAGAAGCUGGAAUUGGAAAUUUUCUGAUACAUGCUUAGAUGGUCAGUUUUGUAAGGUAUAUUAUUCAGUGAGAAAAUAUUUUUAAAUUCUUAUUUAGACAAAUUGUUUAUAAUUGCUUUCUGAUGUAAUGGGACAAGUGUACUGUUGCAGGGUUUCAAUAAAGUGUUAUUUUAUGUUGCCUGUGUGA